AUGCCACCAAUUCGCAAUAAAAACCCAAAAGAUUUAGUUGAGCAAAAAGGCCGAAUCUUAUUAGUCAUUUCCGAUUUGCAGAAUGGCAAAAUCUCUACAAUUGCACAAGCUGCUAGGAUUUACAAUAUCCCUCGUACGACUCUCCAAAAUCGACUACAUGGCACUCAACAAAGAUCUCUCGUACGCACCAACAACCAUAAAUUGACUCAAUUUGAAGAACGUGGAUUACCUCCCCGGCACUCUCUCGUACGAGAAAUGGCUAAUCAUCUUCUCUUACAACGCGGCAAUCAACAGGUUGGAGAAAAUUGGGUAUACAAUCUUGUCAAACGUCGCCCAGAGAUCGAAUCAAACUUUUCACGGAAAUAUAAUUAUGAACGUGCUAAAUGCGAAGAUCCAAAGAUAAUCCAGGAGCAUUUUGAUCGCGUACGAGAGGUUAUAUCUGAGUAUGGAAUCUUACCGGAAGAUAUCUAUAAUUUUGAUGAGACUGGCUUUGCUAUGGGACUCUGUGCAACUGCAAAGGUUAUUACCGGAAGCGAUCGAUAUGCUCGGCCAAAGCUUUUACAGCCUGGAAAUCGAGAAUGGGUGACUGCAAUCGAGGCAACUAAUUCAACUGGUUGGGCUCUGCCUUCGUACGUUAUUUUCAAGGCGAAGCAAUAUACUCGAUUAGGCUGGUUUGAGAAUCUUCCAAGCGAUUGGAGAAUCAAUAUUAGUGAGAAUGGAUGGACUACAGAUAAGAUUGGAUUAGAAUGGCUUAAAAUCCAUUUUAUUCCUCUUACAAAUGGCCGUACAAUGGGAAACUAUCGAAUGUUGAUUCUUGACGGCCAUGGAAGUCAUUUAACUGCUGAAUUUGAUCGUACAUGUACUGAGAAUAAGAUUAUUCCAGUCCGUAUGCCUCCUCAUUCCUCACAUCUUUUACAGCCUCUUGAUGUUGGCUGUUUUGCUGUUUUAAAGCGACAUUAUGGGCAGCUUGUUGAGCAGCGAAUGAGGCUUGGAUUCAACCAUAUUGAUAAAAUCGACUUCCUUACUGCAUUCCCAAAGGCUCGUACGAUGGCAUACAAAGCUCAAACUAUCCGAAAUAGCUUUGCAGCAACUGGAUUAGUGCCAUUUAAUCCAGAUCGAGCUCUUCAACAACUUAAUAUUCAAUUAAAGACACCAACACCUCCUCCAAGUCAAUCAAGCAAUACACAAUCAUCCUGCUUACAAACCCCUCAAAAUCCACGUCAAUUCAAGCGCUAA